GCUUGGUAAACCACCACAGUCCAGAGCUCCAACUUUGGAGGCCGUGAAUCCCAGCCCUGGGAUUUCAUUGCUGUGUGACCAGAGGCAAGUCACUUGCCCUCUCUGAGCCCCACCUGGAAAGUGGGGAUGUCAAUGGUGCUUAUUCCGCAGGGAUGCCAAGAGAAAGUAUAAAGGCCAUGGUGUGCGCUCUCCACGGGCAUCAUCACUGACACUGUGAGGAGGGGCGAGCAGACUGACAUGAGGGCACACACCUAAGCACUGGCACCCGUAGCCCUGGGGUUCCGUGGACAAUUUCAGCCCCACCAUCGGCCCAUAGGGACGCUCCCACCCACCCCCAUGAGUGGUUCUAGAGCCUGCCCCCCUGGCCGGUGUGACCGAGUGAGAGUCUGGGUCGAAGCUGUGCCUGGGGCAGCCGGCCAGGACGGGAGCCCCAUGUGGCCCUCGCAGGAUGCCCUGAGCCCGGGAAGGGCAGCUGAGAAGCUCCCGGAGGCAGCCCGGCUGGCCCUGGGCCUCCAGGCUGCCGUGCCAGGGCAGAAAGCACCCUCCAGCCCACAUAAAGGUGACUCAGGUGGGUGUGACCCUUCCACCGGAGGGCCCAGGGCCCGCCAACUCAUUAGGUGUUCCAGGCAUCCCAGGAGGAAGCCCCACACCCCACACUUCCUGCGCCAGGCCCUGGGCUGGGGCUUGUCCUCACAGGAGCUGAACAGGCCGGGAGCAUUUCCCCCACAUUCCACAGGAGAACCUGAGCCCAGAGAGGCUCGGCGUCUCACCCAAGGUCACACAGCAGAGAGCAGGGCAGCAGGGCGUGAACUCCGUCCCUCUAACUCCCAGGCUUGGUCCUUUGGGUGAUGUCAGGGUUGGAAACGUGUGCCCUGGCCUCCGCCAGCAAGCAGAGCCAAUCCCAGCAGCUUCUCAGACUUUCCAAAGGCCAGGGCCAGUCACCAGGGUGAGGACAGGAGGAGGGAAAUGUGGGAAGACGGGGAUGAUCUGGCCGCAGGCUCCACAGAGCUCACGUCCGGCUACUGAUAUUUGCCAAAGAGCUGCAGGAGGGGUCCUUGAGGGGGGACGGAAUCUGGGAUCCAGGCAGAUGUCAUUAAAGAUACAUUUAAUUACGAAAUAUUUCAAACCUGAGGGGCGGCCACCUCUGCAGAGCCACCUCCCUGCUCACAAGCUGCUGGGACCUUGCCUGGCUCAAGGUCAAAGACUCGCCCGGGCAGGUCACCAGGUACUUAGCAGGUGUAUGUUUCCUGUUGCGGUAGCAAAAUGAUUGCGCACUUCGUGGGUUAAAAUGACGCACAUUUGUUUAUCCUCUGAGAGGCCAGAGGUUCCGAAUCAGUCCCACAGGCUGAGCUCAAGGUGUCGGCUGGGCCAGUUCCUUCUGGAGACUCCAGGGGAGAACCGGUUUCCUGCCUUCCCGGGCUCCAGAGGCCGCCUGCUGUCCCGGGCUCGCGGCCCCAUCCUCAGAUCCCUCUAGCCUCUUGCUUCCAAAGCCACACCUCCUACUUCUGCACCAAAUCUUCUUCCUCCUUAGAGAGACCCCUGCGAUGACACAGCCCGGGAUCACCUCCCCAUCUCCAAACCCGUGACCUAAUCACACAGCGAAAUCCCCUUGGCCACGCGAGGCAACCUUCUCAGGGCUGGAUGUCUCAGGCCAUGUUCGGCCCUCCGCGACAGGCCUUUACUGGACGCGGCUCUGCCCUGCCAUUUCCCAGUCCCCACUGUCUCCAAGACCCACGGACCCACCGUGCCACCCGCGAGACUGAAGAGCCGCUUUUGGGAGGAGGGAGGUGCACAUUUGCAGGGGUUGCUGCAGGCAGGCACAGGUGCUUCCUACCCCACGUCGUGUUCUGUUUCUUCACCGUCCCCCGAACAGCCGCCAGUCAGCCGCGGGCACUGACAGCAGGCGUGUGGCGUCUUCAGGUGGGAGGGAAAAGGCCUCCCCUCACUUCCUUUGUUGGGGCUCCCUCUGGCUUUUAUCUGACUGGCCGGCUCUUCCUGCCACUGCGAAUGUGCCCUGACGGUGGCUCAGGAAGCCGGGGCCCCCCGAGACCAGGCCAGGCCCCCACCCCGGAGGCUGCAGGCAGUGGGCUCCCCUCCCAGGGCCACGGGCCCCACCCAGGCCGGCCACCCCACGUACCCCAUUGCCCUACUGCCUGCCCUGGCCCAGCAUCCCCAGCAUCGGUCACCAACGGGCAGAGAGCCAAACAUUCAUUGAGCGCUUGCUGCAUGCAGCACUGUGAGGUCAACAUGGGAGGCCUGACGACGACCUGGGGGUCAACGUGGCUGCAGUGCUGGGUUCUGGUGUGGCCAGGGCCAGGGGCCUGUGGGAGGGGGAUCCCCUUCAGCCCCUCCCUCCAGGACCCUGGUAUCCCACAGGAAACACGGCACCCCCCUCCAGUAACCCAAGACGAGCGAAGCACGCCCUGUGGCCUGGAGAGCUCACGGCCCCCAGGAGCCUCAGUUGUCCGCUUCUGUGAAAUGGGGUGGGGGCCCUGCGAGCCCUUCCAGCCCUGACUCUCCAAGCCCCAGGAAUAGUACAGACAAAACCUGGCAGGCUGUGUUUUCCAGAAGCAGUCCCACCGUAUUCCCCACCCACGUGCUCUUCCAGAACCUUCUGUUUGUAUCCCCUUCCCUUUACCCCGUGGGGAGGGAGACUCAUGAUGGCCUCUAACAGCGUGUGGUGGAAGUGGCAAAACCCAUGCAGCUCUGAAGAUAAGGUGAUAAAGGUGACGUGGCUUCUGCCUGGCUCUUCCCCCGGGGACUUCAGGUCUCGGAACUGGCCGCCAUGUGUGAGGAGCCCGAGAGAGUGUAUGGAGAAGGCGACACAGAGACAAACCGAGAUCCCAGCUGGCAGCCGGCACCAACUCGCCAGCCUCACGAAUGCACCAUCUGGGAAGAGGAUCCUCUGGCCCAGCUGGCACCGCAUGGAGCAGAGACCAGGCCUCACCGCCCCGCCCCAAACUGCAGAUCUCUGAGCAGAAUGCACGAGUGGUGGUGUCUGAUGCCGCCGAGUUUGGGGUGGGGUGCUACACAGCAAUGGAUAACGGAAAGAACGUUUCCAGACAGGGACUAGGUCUUCUCCUGACUGGGGCCCACAGCCUUUAGCAUUCACCAGGCACCCACAAAUACCCACUGAGGACUGGCUUUCUCCUGUGCACAAGGCAGCAGUAGGGGAGCAAGGGCUCCCCGAGGCCAGGCACGGCUGUGAGCACGGAAUUUAUCUAACUCUAACAACAAUCAUCCCCCUUUUACAGAUGAGGAAACUGAAGCACAGAGGGGUUAAGUAACUUGCUUGAGGUCACACAGCCAGGAAGUCGAACCAGGCUGGUGACUCUGGAGUCCUUGCCCUCACCCAUUAGGCUUGACCGCCCCUCCUCAGUGGCCGUGAUGUUCAUGGAAAAGGCCGGAGGGCCGUGAU